AUGAAAAUAAUUAAUUUGGAACAGUUAACUGAUGAAGAGUUAGUUGAAUUGAAGCAAUUGACCGACCAUUCUUUAUUUGAAUGUCGAAAUUGUGGUAAUCAAGGAACUUCACUUAAAUGUUCUUUCGCAAAAAAAUUGGAGGAGUUGGAAAGGGAAAGAAAAAUUAUUUGUCAGCAAAAAAUAAAACGAACUCAAAGUUGUCGUAAUUUACAUAUUGAAAAUGAAUUUGAAUUCCAAGAAUUAGUUGUUGGGGAGUUGCUUCUCGGCUCUCCCCUAAAAAAAAGCCGAGUAAAUGGGUAUGGGGAAAACAAAAGACCUAAUAUAUCAAAACUGUUGAAAAUCUGUGGUGGCAAACCUACUCAUUGUCCUUUGGAGGACUACGAAAUUCGUAGUUCAGGAAGUGGACAACCCGAAAUGAUAAUUGAAAUAAAAAAGAAAGGA